UGGCUUGUGGCUUCUGGCUUGUUGAGUUGAAGUUCGUAGGAAGUGUUAAGAGAAACCGUAUAACUAUUCACAUUAUUUUUUUAAGUACUAUUAGUUAAAUAGGUAUAAAUCUGAUUAUACAAGAAGUAUCCAGCAGGACGUAGCAAUAGUAAUGGUCAUGGCGGUUUGAGUUAUUGGAUCAUUCAUCAUCAUGUCAGAGCAACAUCGUGAUGAAGAAUUGGCUUCAAAUCAAGAGGAGUGCAACAUGGACAAAUCGGAGAAAGAGACAAACGAAUCAGCGUUUGAAGAAGAAACUCUUCAGAUUACAGAUGUUCACGGAAUUGAGGAGUCCGUACAGUCGGAGUUUCCAUCCUAUGAAGCUGUUGAGUUAAGCUGUACUGGUAAAACGUGGACAUCACUGAAGUCUACAGCCUCAUUCACAGAAUUCACUGAUCAGAUGCCUAAAUAUAACUCUGUCGGUACUGUAGCAGUAGAUUUAAAGUCUGAAUUUGCUGCUCUUGGCUUAAACUCUCUUUAUCCGUCUGCUGAACAUUAUGAUGAUUCUAGUUUAGAAGAUUCAUUAAGUGCUACACAUGACCAUAGUGACAUUUCUAAUAUAAAUGGAGAAAAGAGUCUAUCUUGUUAUUCUUAUACUAACAAAGUUGAAAAUGAAACUGAGUUAUUAGAUGGCACACAACAUUUUGUGGAGUCAGUCAUGUGUGAUUCCAUUGUUCCAAAAAUGGAUGGAGUACAACUUGCUGAAUCAAACAAAAUAGGUUAUAAUGAAAAUUCAAUUUUGGAGGAAAAUGUAGAUAUCAUUGAGAAGGACAAAGAAGAAAGUAAUUAUGGAGAUUCAAAUAACCUUUUGGAACUUGGCAAUCAUGGUUAUGUUAUAGGGACGAAUUCUACUUUAACUGAUGAAUCUCAGAAUUUGUCUACUUCUGUUUCCUUUAACCUGAGUAAAAUUAAUGACAAUCAAUCUUCUGAGAAAAUUGAACAAAUCAAAGGAAUAGAUAUGACACAAGGAAUAGAAUGUCAGUCAUUUUGUCACGAGUCAGUUGUAAACAUUGUGUAUCUUGAAAGUCACAAUGAUAUGUCUCUUUCACACAGCUCUUAUACAGAAAAAACUCACAAGUUUGAACGAUAUGUUGAUGAAAUUUUUACAGGACAGAUGCUCAAUUCUGAUAUAGAAGGAACUAACCAAGACCAAGAAAUUAAAUUUGACGUGGAAAGAAAUUACCAAGUCCAAAAAAUAGACUCAGGUGUAGAAGGAACUAAACAAGUCCAAGAAAACGAAUCUGGUGUAGAAGAAACCAACCAAGUCCAAGAAAUCGACUCUAAUGUAGAAGGAGCAAACAAAGUCAACGAAAUCACCUCAGAUCUAGAAGGAAACCAAGUCCAAGAAAUCGACUCUGGUGUAGAAGGAACCAACCAAGUGCAAGACAUCGACCCAGCUUUAGAAGGAACGAACCAAAACCAAGAAAUUGACUCUGGUGUAGAAGGGAAUAAACUAGUCCAAGAAAUCCACUCUGGUUUAAAAGGAAACAAAGUCCAAGAAAUCAACUCUGGUUUAGAAGGAACCAAAGUCCAAGAAAUGGACUCUGGUUUUGAUGGAACUAUCCAAGUCAAAGAAAUUGACUCAGAUGUUGAAGGAACUAACCAAGUCCAAGAAAUCCACUCUGGUGUAGAAGGAACCAACCAAGACCAAGAAAUUCAAUUUGACGUGGAAGAAACUAACCAAGUUCAACAAAUUAACUCAGGUGUAGAAGGGAACCAAGUCCAAGACAUCGACUCUGAUGUAGAAGGAACCAACCAAUUCCAAGAAAUUGACUCUGGUGUAGAAGGAACAAACCAAGUCAAAGAAAUCGCUUCAGAUCUAGAAGGAACUAACCAAGUCCAAGAAAUCGACCCGGCUGUAGAAGGAACCAACCAAGUCCAAAAAAUCAACUGUGAUCUAGAAGGAACGAACCAAAACCAAGAAAUCGGCUCUGGUGUAAAAGGGACUAAACAAGUACAAGCAAUUCAAUCUGAUGUGGAAGGAUCUAACCAAAUCCAAAUAAUCGUCUAUGGUUUAGAAGAAACCAGCCAAGUCCAAGAAAUUGACUCUGGUGUAGAAGGAACAAACCAAGUCAAUGAAAUCGCCUCUGAUGUAGAAGGAACCAACCAAGUGCAAGACAACGACUCAGAUGUAGAAGGAACUUACCAAGUCCAAGAAAUUGAAUCUGAUGUAGAAGAAACCAAUCAAGUCCAAGAAAUUGACUCUAGUGUAGAAGGAACCAAUCAAGUCCGAGAAAUUGACUCUGGUGUAGAAGGAACCAACCAAGUGCAAGACAACGACUCAGAUGUAGAAGGAACUUACCAAGUCGAAGAAAUCGAAUCUGGUGUAGAAGAAACCAAUCAAGUCCAAGAAAUCGACUCUGGUGUAGAAGAAACUAACCAAGUCCAAAAAAUCGACUGUGAUCUAGAAGGAACGAACCAAAACCAAGAAAUCAGCUCUGAUGUAGAAGGGACUAAACAAGUACAAGAAAUUCAAUCUGAUGUGGAAGGAACUAACCAAAUCCAAAAAAUCGACUAUAGUUUAGAAGAAAACCAAGUCCAAAAAAUCUACUCUGAUCUAGAAGGAACCGGCCAAGUCCAAGAAAUUGACUCUGGUGUAGAGGGAACAAACCAAGUCAAUGAAAUCGCCUCCGAUGUAGAAGGAACCAACCAAGUCAAAGAAAUCGCCUCAGAUCUAAAAGGAACUAACCAAGUCAAAGAAAUCGCCUCAGAUCUAAAAGGAACUAACCAAGUCCAAGAAAUUGACUUAGAUGUUGAAGGAACUAACCGAAUUCAAGAAAUCGACUCUGGUGUAAAAGAAACCAACCAAGUCCAAGACAUCGACUCAGACGUAGAAGGAACUUAUGAAGUCCAAGAAAUCCAAUCUGGUGUAGAAGAAAUUUAUCAAGUCCAAGAAAUCGACUGUGAUCUAGAAGGAAUGAACCAAAACCAAGAAAUCAACGCUGGUGUAGAAGGGACUAAACAAGUCCAAGAAAUUCAAUCUGAAGUGGAAGGAACUAACCAAAUCCAAAAAAUCGACUAUGGUUUAGAAGAAAACCAAGUCCAAAAAAUCUACUCUGAUCUAGAAGGAACCGGCCAAGUCCAAGAAAUUGACUCUGGUGUAGAGGGAACAAACCAAAUCAAUGAAAUUGCCUUUAAUGUCGAAGGAACCAACCAAGUCCAAGAAAUUGACUCUGGUGUAGAAGAAACAAAACAAGUCAAAGAAAUCGCCUCAUAUCUAAAAGGAACUAACCAAGUCCAAGAAAUUGACUUAGAUGUUGAAGGAACUAACCGAAUCCAAGAAAUCGACUCUGGUGUAAAAGAAACCAACCAAGUCCAAGACAUCGACUCAGAUGUAGAAGGAACUUACCAAGUCCAAGAAAUCCAAUCUGGUGUAGAAGAAAUUAAUCGAGUCCAAGAAAUCGACUCUGGUGUAGAAGGAACUAACCAAGUCAAAAAAAUCGCCUCAGAUAUAGAAGGAAGUAAUGAAAUCCAAGAAAUCAACUCUGUAGAAGAAACCAACAAAGUCCAAGACAUUGACUCAGAUUUAGAAGGAACCAACCAAGACCAAGACAUCGACUCUGUUGUAGAAGGAACCAACCAAGUCCAAAAAAUCAACUCCAGUGUAGAAGGAACCAAUCAAGUCCAAGAAAUUUACUCUUGUGUAGAAGGAACUAACCAAGUCAAAGAAAUCGCCUCAGAUGUAGAAGGAAGUAAUCAAGUCCAAGAAAUCGACUCUGUAGAAGAAUCCAACCAAGUCCAAGACAUUGAAUCAGAUUCAAAAGAAACUAAUCAAGUUCAAGAAAUUAAAUCUGGUGUUAAAGAAACCAACCAAGUCCAAGAAAUCGACCCUGGUCUAGAAGGAUCUAAACAAGACUCAGAAAUUGAAUUUGAUUUGGUAGGAACUAAACAAGUCCAACAAAUUGACUUUGAUGUAGGAAAUAACCAAGACCAAGAAGUUGGUCAUGGAGAUAGUGUGAACUGUUCUCAAGUGGAAACAUUAAUCCCUAAGGACUUUAAAGAGGGCAGAUCUUUGAGCGAACAGGAUUGUAGCAAUCUUUCAAAUGGCAAUCACGUGAAAAUACCUGACACCCUUCCAGAAAUCAACAUUAAUAUCAACUGUUCAAUUAGUGAAGAAGCAACUGAAGAAAUUGCUGCUUUUGAUUCUGAAACAUCAAAUCACUCAUACCAGACACUUGACAUGUCAUUAACAACUUCAUAUGCACUAUCAAACAACGUACUCACAGGUGAAUCAAGAGAAGGAAGCGAGGAAUCAUCUUUAAAUCAGUUAUCAGAAACGUUGACUGAUUUGUUAGAUAAUAUUGACAUCAAGGAAACUAAUAAUUUUACAGCAGUUAGUGAUCAGAAAACACAUGAGGCUAUUUAUUUUCCUUCAUUUGUAACUAAUGCCAACAAUUAUUCUUUAACUGAGAAUGGUUUACAAAGUUUCAUGGAAAUUACUAUGGCUAACACAAAUGAUGCCAGGAUUGAUCAAAGCUUUAGCGGCAUGAAAAAACAAGCAGAAUGUAAGUUUGACAAACAGCACCAAAAUAAAAGUUAUUCAAACGAAAGUGAAAGUCAACUUUCUGAAGAGAGUCAUAGGGUAAAAAUAAUAUCACCAAGUGUUGAUUAUUCAUCCAAAUUUCAGUAUGAUUCAGAACAAAUGGACAGAAUAAAUCAUGUAAUGAUGCAACAAUCCAUGAGUAACUAUGUUACUAAUCUUUCUCUAGAAUUAAUAAUACCAGAUUCUUGCGGGGUUUCUAAUGUAAACAUUGAUGAUGUUGACUCACAAAAGCAGUGUGAACUACAAACUGAGAAUGUUUUGUUAAUGGAAUGGCCAGUUCAAUAUCACAAUGAUAUAAAACUUUUGAAACAAAAAAACCUUUCCCUUAUUGAAACGUGCAAUGAAAAAGAUAUUUAUAUAAAUAAGCUUAAAGUCCAUAAUGAAAAACUUCAACAAGAUCUUUUAAGACAGACUGUCCAGACUAAAGAUUUGAAAGAAGAAAGUUGUUAUUUGGAAAGCGUAUUUGACAAAUCGAUGAAGGAUUGUGAUCUGAUAGUUGAACUUAAAAAAGAAAAUGAAAAGCUUGCAAAAGAAUUAGAUGGUUUAAAAAGUAUAAAAAGUGAAUUUGUCAAGUUUAAAUCUGAACACAAUGAACUGAUUGGUAGAUCAGUAAAAGAAAGAAUAGCGAAUGAAAAUGAGAUAGCAAGUCUACAGAACAAGAUCCAAAAAUUAGAAUAUGAAUUGUUGAAUAUAGACCACAUUGUCACUGAUCUUAAAACCAAAAACCAGGAACUAUCAACUUUAAUGGGAAAUAUACACAUUAAAGAGCGACAGAUUCAAGAGCUAACAAAUGACAACUUACUACUCAAGGAAGAGCUAUCUGUUCUGAGCAGCAGUUUAGAAACAUUUGAUGAGUUAAAACAGGAAAAUGAUUACUUAAACCAUAUUUUGAAAUUAGAGCAAGAGAAGAACAACGAGAUAGAAAAACUACAAAUCCUGUUGGAAGAACAGAGGAAUGAAAUUUGUGAACAAAAUACUAUGUUGUCUAAUGUCAGUGUGGAUUUAAGUAUGAAAGAACGACAAAUUCAAGAGCUCCUUAAAAAUAAAGCUUAUCAUGAGGAAACUAUAUUCUCUUUGAACAAGCUUUUAGAAAAACUGCAACAUGUAGAAGAGGAAAAUCAUAAAUUGAAAUCUGAUAUCCAGGAAACCAAGGAUAAUAGGGAGGAGGUACUAGUGCGAAAUAAGUCACUUGAGGAGCUCAUUUCUUUGCACGUUGAAAAUAUAUCAAAACUGAGUCAUGAGAUAAAUGAAAAAGACUGCCAAAUUAAGGUUUUCACAAACAUCAAUUCAGAUUUAAAAAGCACUAUUGAUUCCCUUGAACAUCGAUUAGACAAUCUCAAAGACAAUGAAAUUGAAAUUGAACAACUUAAUUUAAAAAUAACUGCAAGGGAUGAAAGGUUGAAAGAAAUUAUGAAUGUUAAGACUUCAUUGGAAGUUAAAAUUCAAGACCUUACAGCACAAAAUGAUCUUUUGUGGAAUGAGUUAAAAGUAACCUCUUCUAAAGAACAAAGUCUACAUACACUAAAGGAAGAGAAACUCCAACUAGAAGAAAAGCUUGCUCGAAUGAAAAGAGAAAUACAAGAUAUUGAAACCCUAAAAUCAGACAAUGAACAUCUUGUUGACGAGCUGACUGAAAAGAUUCGCUGCUUAACAGCUGAUAAGAAAAAACUCAAAAGUUCUUUAAUAAAAGCGAAUGAUAAACUAAAUGAAGGAGACGCAGAAAUAAGAAAACUUGAUGAAGAAAAUGCAUUGUUACAAAACAAUGUGGAAGAAAUAACAAAGCAUCUUGAAGAACUGAAUGAAGAAUUGAACCUUGAAAGGGUUAGUGUGGUGGAAAGCCUUAGUGGUAUGAGCGAGUACCUCAACAGUGUUUUUCUAGAAAAUAUCUAUCUUUCUGAGGAAAUUGUGGUUGCUGAAUCUGAAGGAAAGAAACUCUCAGAGGAACUUAAAACCAUGAAGGAAGUGGUUUUAGAAGAGAAGGUGUUAUUUGACAGUGUACACUUAGAAAAGGAAAGUCUGGCAGUUGCUGUAGUUAACCUGAAAGAAACUAUAACCUUACUCACAACUAAAUUGAAUGAUUACAAAGAUCAGUUCAAUGAAUUGGUACCUUUGAAAGAUGAAAAAGUUAAAUUAAAAAUAAAGAUAAGUGAACUUAGUGAAUCACUUGAUGUAUACGAAGAAGAGAAAACAAGUAUGCUAGAAAACAUGAGUAGCCUUAGCGAAGCUGUAAGUAGUUUAUUGACAGAUAGACAAUUGCUGUCAGAGCAAGAAAAACAUUGCUCAGAAAUGGCUGAUCGUUUAGAACUCUUAACUGCUGAAAAAUACAGUGUAGAGCAGAAAAAUUUAGAACUUCUUCAGUCAAUGUCAAUUUUAAAAGAGCAACUUGAUAAUGUUAAAAACAACGAAAGAACUAUUGAUGAGUUGUGUGAUCUUUCUAGAAGCCUAGAGGAGCAUCUAUGUAGUAUGAAUGAAGAAUUAUUUAGUGAACUAUCCAAAAAUCAAUUUCAAAGUACAACUAUCAGUGAACUUGAGAGCAAACUUUGUCAAAAUAAUGAUCAGCUUUUAUUUGUCCAAAGUAAAAUAUCUCUUAUAACAGAAGAACUUAAUUCAUCAAGGGAAAGAAAUAACUACUUUCAAGAAUUGAUUACGGACCUAGAAGACCAUAUAUCGAGUCUAAAUGAAGAGUUACUGAGUGAAAUGGUUAAAAAUGAUUUCUUGUCCAUGGAAAGUGACAAUCUAGAACAUCAACAUAGGCAAUUAAUAGAAGAAAAGAUGUCAUUAGAAAAAAUUGUUUCUCAUGCAACAGAGAGUCUCAAAAAUAGAUUAUUAAACACGGAUUUUGAAAGCAAGAUGCAGCUGUCUUCUUUGCAUGGAUGUAUAGAUGCAAUUUUACUGCAAAUUAGUGGUUUAGAAUGUGAAAUCAUAAAGUUAAACCAAAACGUUGACGAUUUGCAGGGAACACUUCAAAACAGUGAACGAAAUGUUUCUGGUCUGUUGGAAGCUGAACAAAAGUUAAAACUUGAAAUUAGCUCACUAAUGGGACAAAAAUUGGAACUGGAAAACAAACUCACUACAGCUUUGGAUAAUGAACUAUAUAUAACUAAAUUGGAAAAUAAGGUUGAAAGUCUUUCAAAUAUUGCUGAAACUCAUAAGAUUUGUGAAAACACCAAAGCAUCGUUGCAACAUGAAAAUUUAAAACUUGAAAUGGAAGUACAGACCUUAAAUGAAACUAUUGAAGCAAUAAGCAAUGAACAUAAUCAGUUAGAUAUAAAACUCAAAGACAGUUUACAAUUAAAAGAUAUUAUGUCAAAAGAAAUUCACUCUUUAACUGGUGAAAUUUGGGAAUCGUCAAUGGAACCACUUAUUGAUGUUUACCAAAAAUUGAUGAAAGAAUUCCUAAACAAGGAAAAAGAAGUCAUUUUUGCUCUUCAAAAUGAUUUUGAAAAUAAAUUUGCAUGUUUACAAAAUGAUCUCGUUGAGAGAGAAGAUUUGAUAUCCAAGUUGGAAAAUGAAGUGCAAGAACGCAAGAUUGAACUGAACAACCAGGACACUUAUAUAUCAAGUUUGGAUAGUGAGCUCUCUGCAUUAAAAAGUGAAAUGAGUUGCUUUGUACAUGAACUUGAAGAAACAAAAGCAACUGCUGAGAAGGAAAAAGAGUCAUUGAUUGACGAGAUGAACCGUACAAAGCAUGAUAAGACCCAGCUUGAAGAAAAGAUAUUAGUUCUCACUGAUGAAAUUGGUUGUAAAAAUGAUGAAAUUUUACAACUGAAAGGUGAAUUGGAAAGUGUACGAUUUGAAGCUGCUAACCUGUUGAGACGAUCAAAAGAUGAUUGUGGAAUUUCAAAACAACAAAAAGAUAUGUUGGAUGAACUAACUGUGUCAUUAAAUGAUAAACACAAUCACAUUUUGCAACUUAAUUUACAACUUGAUGAAAAAACAAAAGAAGUCAGCCAGUUAACAGAAAAUCUAAAGGAGAAAGACACUGUGAUUUCUCAGUACCUUGAAAAAAUAGGAGAAAUGACGCCUUUAGUAGACAGCCUUACCUCAAUUGAGAAUGAUUUUGAUGUUCUCAUAACCAAUAUUUCACAAGAUGGAGAUCUGAAUUUUAUUAUUGGUCGUUUGGAAAAUAGUCAAUUUUUCAGUGGCAAAAUAAAAUUGAUCAGUUCUAAGUUUGUCAACUUGUUGACAGAAUUGAAGACUUGUAAUGAAACUCUUAAUCAUGAGCUGUCCAAGCAAAUCGAAAUCAGUAAAUCCUUUGAAACUCAAAUCAACGAUAUGAAUGAAGAACUUAAAUCAUGUAAAAUUUUGUAUGAUGAAGAUUCACUUCAGUUUAAAGAAGAAAUUGCUUCAAAAAAUGCCACCAUAUCACAUUUGACUGAAACUAUUGAACAGUUAAAGAAUAAUGAUGGAUCAAAUAUUAAAUGUACAGAAAUGGAAGAUAUGACGUAUCAAAUCAGUAAACUCAAAGAAGAAAAUGUAAAGCUUCAAAGUGAGGCUACAAAAGUUACGUAUCUCACAGAAGUAAACAGAAAACAAUCUUGGGAAAUUGAAGAACUAAGCAGUUGUAUCAUAUUUGAGAAAAAAAAUAAUGCUGAACUGAAGGCACAAUAUGAUUUUGCCAAUAAUCAAGUUGCUGAUUUAUCAAAGAAGAACUUCCAGUUGGAAGAUAAAAUUGAUGCCCUCGAAAGAAGGUUGGAAAACCAUUAUGUCAUUAGUUCUUUAAAGAUCAGCUUUCCUUUUGGGAUUAACACUGUGGAUAAGCAGGUGCAAUAUUUAAAUAAGAAACUAGCUGAACAUGAUAUAUUAAAUGCCAAACAUAAUCUGCUUAAUGACGAUUUCUGUUCCUUGAAACAUGAAUAUGAAAAGUCAAAGGAAUAUAUAAAAAAGCAAGAAGAUAAAAUAUCCAAAAUAAUGAAAAGAGAACUGGAACUGAAAAAACAGUUGGUCUCAACCGCUCAAGCUGUUUUGGACAUUCAGAAUUUCAAAGAGGUGAAAUCAGAGUUACAAAGCUUGUUCCCUGGUCAAAAUCUGUCAAUGAGUGAGAUUUUAUUAAAAAUCAAAACAUUAGUUGAAGGUAGUAAGAAAGUUUUGGUUUCUGACAAUCCAGAAAUUGAGGACUUAAAGCAAAGAAUUGAGGAGCUUUCUCAAGAAAAUAAAGAUUUAGAUACAGAAUGUGAAAUGAUGAACAAACACAUAGAAGAACAGAAAGAGCUGUUAGCUUCUGUCUUCCAAAGAGAAGAAGAAUUGAAGAAGCAAAAUACAGAGUUAGAGCUUAAGCUUGCCAACCAAAUACAAACCAAUAAUGUCCCGAGUUUGAUCGGUUAUGAUCUCAAAGAAUUAUUUGAAAUAUUCCCAGAGAAUCCAGUUUCAUUGAAAGAUUCUGUCAAUCUUCUCAAAUCAAUUAUAUCAGAGAACCAAUCAUUGAAGGAAAAGAUUGCCGAGUCACAAGAAGAAUAUGCUAGUCUUGAUAAAGAAUGUGAAGAUAUGUUUAAAGCUUAUAAAGAAAAAGAAAAGGAUUUAGCGGACGUAUUAAAGAGAGAAGCUGUUUCUGUGUCUGAUCUGAAGAAUAGGCAGAGAGAGCUUGAAAUUGAACUAAAAUCUGUGUCAGAGGAGCUACAAAUUACCAGAUCAAAACUUAUUUCUCAGGAGAACCUAAUGUCCUCUCAUGGGCCGUGUCAAUGUGAUGAACUCAAGUCCCGCUUGUCAGAGUUGAGAGUGGAAUUGGCUGAACGAAAUGCAAAAAUCACUGCUUUGGAGAUGCAAUUUGAAGCUGAUAACUUCCCCCUCAAGAAGAAGGUAGCUGAUCUUGAAAAGUCAUUGGAUCAAGCUAAACAUAAGAUAAAUGAGCUGAAGUCUGAGGUGCGGAGAUACCAGGAGCAGAUGUGUGACGUUACUGUAGGUCUACGAGCUGAUUGUGAACGUUGCAGAAGUCUCAGCUCAACUGUAGACUCCUCCUUGCAACAACAGCUUCAGGAGAAGACCAAGGAAAUACAUAUACUGAAGGCCCUGUGCAAGACCCGCAAUCAGAAGAUCAAAGAACUUGAAGAGCGUGAUGGCGGUUCCAAACUGCCUCGAUCACAAAGGUCUGCUUUGAAAGAAAUGAAAGAAAAUAACACUGUACCGCCACCAUCACCUACAAAGACUAUCAAAGGUAGCUUCCAGUGAAAAUUUAGAUGAUUCAAUCUGACAAUGCCAAAGCUUGGCUGGCAACUUGGCUCUAUUCUAAGCUUGUACCAAUUUUGUACUUACUCUAAUACAAUAUUAUUAUAAACUCAUUUAACAGUAAAAAGUAUUUAUAAAACUGAAAAAUACAUGACAAACAUCUUGUUUUACAACAUAACACUCCAGGGUGGUAAUUUGUAAAUAAAUGUUAUGUCCUUUAGAAUAAAUUGCAAUACCACAUUACAUAAAUUGUAAUAGGCGUUUUUUACCUAUUUAGUAUUGUUCCAUAAGGGAAGUAUUGUCUGUGAAUUGAAAUAUGUAUUUAUUUAUAUCCAUAGUAAUGUUUUUUCAGUCAGUCACACUCUCUUCUGUACUCUCUCUACUUUUGUAUUAUACACAUUUAUAUUAUUUUAUACAAUAAUGCAUUAGCAUUCUACUUCUGUACAUUUAAAACUUUAUUAAAGAAUAUCUCUUAUGUAA